UUCUCUCCCGUUUCUCCCGUUUACUCGUCCUCCCUUCCACAUUUCCCCUCUUUCUUCCUUCCUAAACACCUAUAAAAACGCCUCUCUUCUCUCCUCUCUUCUCUCCUUCUCCCUUCCGCUACUCUCUCCACUUCCUUCUUUUCUUCUCUUCUCUCUCCCGUCUUCCUCCCCGUCUUCCUCCCCCUCUUCCUCCCCGUCUGUCUCCCUUCCACUCCGUUCUUCUUCUCCUCCUCCCUUGAGCCUUUUUUCCGUCUCGCUCCGUCUCGAUGGCGCUUUCGGCUUCGCCGCUGUCGACGCAGGCAGUCGCGAAGUCGCGCGCGACGCUCGCAGGCCUGGACGAGGCGCUUGUGGGAGAGAAGAGAGACGCCACUCGGCCGGAAGUCCUUGUUCUCGCCGACGGACUCACGCUCUCGAUCUCGCCUUCCGCAGCGUCCCUCGACGACGAAGGCGAAAAAAAGGCCCCACCGCCCGUGAAAAUCGAAAAAGUCGUCAACGCCUGGGGCAGCGCUGCAGGCGCCGGCAGUGACUUCUUCGACCGAUACCGCAUGUCGCGAAACGCGGAGCUGAAGCGUCUGGAAGAAAUGGAGGCGGACUGGAGAAAGAAAGUCGAGGCUGAGGAGUUCCAACUGCAGAGACACCGGAGAAUUCUCGAGGCUCAGGAGAAGAACCGACACGCGCGCGAGCGACGCAAAAGACGAAAAACGAAAAAAACAGAACUGCGAAACGCCGCAAAGAUUGCCGGGCGCCGAGGCCACCACCGAGAAGAAGAAAGAGAAGAAGAAGACACAGAAGAGGAAGAGCGAGAAGACGCGGGAGAUCCAGAGAGAGAAGAGGAAUGUCGAGAGAGGAGAAGAACGCGAGGAAAGAGAAUUCGAGAAGCAGAAGAAGCGUCUGAAGAAGAGAGAGAGACACUGGCCUGUGGCCCGCGUUCGACACAAAGGCAAAGCUCAGAUUCUCCGUCUCUCCCGCCUUCAGCGGCGUCUCAUGUGUAUGGACAGCCGGGGCCAGGUCGGGAAGAAGAAACUGUUUCCAAGAAAAGGAGGCAAGAAGAUGGAGAGACGCGAGAACGUCGCGAACUUGACAGUGAAAAAGAAAUAGAGGGUUCAACGCAAACAGAAGUCGAAAAAAUGAAACCUGGAAUGGUGACUAUCAAGGACGACGAGUGGUAA